GAGCUUUCUAGCAUGGAUGAGAUUUCUGGCCUGGAUUGCAGGACUGAGAGAAUGCUAGAAAUGUGGCUCUCAUGAGACCAGCGGCUCCUGAAACAGUCGAGUUGGUGGGGCUCUUCCCCAGCUGCUCAAGAAAGGAGGGAGGGGAGAGGGUUCGUUUGCCCGCACGCUGCUAGCGCAGUGCUUGCCCCCCUUCCGCGCCGCAGGCUGGCCUUGCGCAGGUAGGACCGCGGCUGCACUCACUGCCUGGAGGACGGGAGCCGCGGCUGCACGGGUGCUGGCUGCGCCCCUCGCAGCCCGAAGGGACGGGGGGCGGUGGAGCGGCGUCCGAGGAGCGCUUCCUGGCGGGGGCGGAGCGGGCGCCGGCGCAGCGGUGAGGGGAGGCGGGAGCCGCUGUCACCCUCGCCGGGGGCAGGAAGGAGAGAAGGCGGGAAGGAGAGAAGGCGGAGGCGAGAUCUAGGAGAGCAGGGGCCUCUGCCCGAGGAUGUGACACCGGGGAGCUCCUCACCCGCCCUCUUGUUCUGCCGCAGCUGCCUGCGCUCCUCCAGCAUGCAGGGGUCUGGAGGUGCUGAGAAGAUGGCCUCCCCAGGUGCCCCAGGGACCCGCAUGACGUCCACAGUCAGUAUCAACAUUUCUACUCCUUCCUUUUACAACCCACAGAAGAAGUUUGCACCUGUGGUUGCCCCUAAACCCAAGGUGAACCCGUUCAAGGCUGGAGGUGCAUCAGAGUCAUCGCUGCCCCCGCCUUCUGGAGCUGGCGCCCAGCGUGCUCAGAUAGGGAAGGUGGGGGAGAUUCCAUCAGCAUCCAUGUCCCUUCUGGCAGAAGAGCUGCCACUGCCACCUCCUCCCCCACCUGGAGAGGAGGCAAGUUUCUCCUCAAACUGUGCUUUUCCCCCACCCCCACCACCCUUUGAAGAGCCUUUUCCACCAGCCCCGGAAGAAGUUUUUCCUUCUCCUCCUCCUCCACUGAUGUUUGAUGAAGGGCCUGUGAGCAAAGUACCUGUCCCACAGGUACAUGGCAAGAUGAGCAGCAUUGAUCUUGAGAUUGACUCACUGUCCGUAAUGUUGGAUGACAUGGAGAAGAAUGACCCCUUCAAAUCCCGGACAUCUCCAGGAUCCACAGGUUCUCUGGAGAAACCAUUGGCCCCCAAAGCCCCUGUGGAAAUACCAUCUGCACCCAGAGAUACUCCUCAUUCCUUUCCUUCCAAGUUCACUCCAAAGCCAAGUGGAAGCUUAACUUUCAAGCCCGCUGGGGUGGAUUUGACACCCACCCCAACCCCAUGGGCAGCUCCACAGCAACGCAAGGAGCCCCUAGCACCUGUGCCUCCACCCCCCUUUCACUCUCCUGCUCAGCCUACCCCUAAAUUCACCCCACCCCCUGUUGCUGGCUCUCCUAAGUCUGGGCCCAAAUCAGGUGCCAAUGUUCCCAUGGCUCCCUCAAACUCUACAAGAUAUCCUACCUCCCUUCAGACUCGGUUCACAGCCCCUUCACCUUCAGGUCCCUCCUCUCGGCCACAGCCUCCCAAUUUCACCUAUGCCCAGCAGAGGGAAAGACCCCAAGUGCAGGAGAAGCCACAUCCCACAGAACAACCUGCUGCUGCAAAAGACACGCAUCGACCCACAGGCUCCAGUGCAGAUCCACCGAGGGGAAAUGCCUCUCUGACCAUGAAGGAGGUAGAAGAGUUGGAGAUGUUGACCCAGAAACUAAUGAAGGAUAUGGAGCAUCCGCCUGCAGCAGAGGCUGCUACUUCUGAGCUCUGUGGCUUCUGCCGGAAGCCCCUAUCACGAACCCAGCCAGCUGUGAGGGCCCUGGACUGCCUCUUCCAUGUGGAAUGCUUCACCUGCUUCAAAUGUGAGAAGCAGCUGCAGGGGCAGCAGUUCUACAAUGUGGAUGAGAAGCCCUUCUGCGAGGACUGCUAUGCUGGGACCUUGGAAAAGUGCAGUGUCUGCAAACAGACCAUCACAGACCGGAUGCUGAAGGCCACUGGUAACUCAUACCAUCCCCAGUGCUUCACCUGCGUGAUGUGCCAUACCCCUCUUGAGGGGGCCUCUUUUAUUGUGGACCAGGCCAACCAGCCUCACUGUGUGGAUGACUACCACAGGAAGUAUGCUCCACGCUGCUCUGUCUGUAGUGAGCCUAUCAUGCCAGAGCCUGGAAAGGAUGAGACAGUGCGUGUGGUGGCAUUGGAGAAAAAUUUCCACAUGAAAUGUUACAAGUGUGAGGACUGUGGGAAGCCCUUGUCCAUUGAAGCAGAUGAGAAUGGGUGCUUCCCACUGGAUGGGCAUGUGCUGUGUAUCAAAUGUCACACUGUUCGUGCCAAAACAGCACACUGAGGAGCUUGGAGUGGGCAUACCUUUGAUACCCCUGCACUCGAUACUCUUCCCCUCCCCGCCGUUGUCCUGUCCCUCUGCCUGACAAGGCAGAUUGCUACCAAUGGAGACUACGCCAGCGCAGUUCUUAACUCGUGUAAGAUUCACCGCUCCUAGACUUCACUCUGCAAAGCCACCAAGAGAGGACUUCUUGUCCUGUCACCACUUCCUGGCCACAGCGUAUUCCAGGCUGGGGGCUAUGAUGAAGGUGAGUGCACAAUCUCCGUUCCCUCAAGACUCUGGAGGAGAAAGACCAGACCUCAACCACUGCCUGGUGGAAGUAGCAAGAAUGACCUGGUGGCUGGGAAGGGCUGAGCAUUCUUCUGUUCCACCGAGCCAGGAAACAAUGAUUUGACCUUAGAAGGUGGAAGCCUCCAUCUUGGCACCACUUCUGUCUUUGAGUUUGUUUUUUCUUGUGUGCCACCUCAUUAUCAGGAUGUCUUCCCCUGCCUCCUCCCUCGCUCCUGGGUUAGAGUGUGGAGGCAGAACAUACUGGGAAUUUGUGUUAUUGUUGCUGGAAAAAAGCUAACCUACUAUAGCUUUUCUGUCUCUAAUGGAUUUUACUGGCUAACUGUCUUGUCAAUCUUUUUUUUCCUUAGCCAGAUUUAACUGGCAAUGUUUGGAAUCCUACUCUGUUCCUGAGUUUGGAAACUUUUUUUUAAAAAUCUUUUUCCCUCCCCAAAAUGAAUCAUUUCCCAGUGUGGUUUCUGGACAGCCAGGCUGGGCACCAGAGUAGCAAAGCAGUCCAAAGAAUGCAUGUUUACAAAUAAAGACCAUUGUAAGGACAGGCAGCGGAUGGUGAGGAGGCGUCUCAGUGCGUGGAUGAGGAUUCAGCAGGCUGAGGAAUAUCUCCCCGUUUCAGUAGGGAUUCUUUCACUCCUGUCAGUGAAAGCUGCAGUGUAAUUGCAAUGUACUGUCUGGCUCCAAGUGUUACUGCACUGAGCCCCAUUUCCUGGACUAGAAACUCUCAAACUGAGCAAACCUUUUGAAUAACUACACUGUCCAACCACUGUUCGCAUUCAAUAAAAUGUGGGUUUUUUUCCAUUAA